AGCGUUACCACACAAAGGCAAAAAAUCCGACAGCCCAUGAAGGCAGCUUGAUAGAGUUCAGCGUUGGAAGCUGAUCAGUGUGACAGGUCUGAGACUCCGACAGGUGGUGGAGGCACACUGCUUGUACAUGAACGCUACUCCAUCAGAAAGCGUUUUAUUCUUAGUUUAGCCACAGGAAGCGGUUAUUUUCCCCCCUUUCUUUCAAAUUGUUAGUUUUACAGUGGCGGAUAGGUGGGGACGCGCAUUAACGGGACAGUGAAGUUUCGGUUCUGACUGAAUUUUCCAGCAAACCGAGCAGAAGCGCACGUGCUGCAGAUGUUGGAAGGCUGAGUGGUUCUCGAGCACAGGAAGAGGAGCACGAACGGAUGUCUGACGAUGACCCACGCUGUGAGCCACCAGCCACGGCUCGUCUCAGCUCCCCGCCGUGUCUAACUCGACGUUUCAGCCGUGCGUGAGAGCCGUCAGCCCCAGAACCCACUUCGUUUGGAUUAUUGCUGGACUGCAAGUGUGAAUUUAUCAGCCGUGAGUGGAUGAGCGUCUGAGAGAACAUGGGCACUCAGGGAACAGGACGGAAAAGGUCCACCAAGAAGGAGAGGUCGACGGCAGAGGACGAUGCCCUGAAUCUCAUAGCGAGAGAGGCCGAGGCCAGGCUGGCAGCAAAGAGGGCAGCCAGAGCAGAGGCCAGAGAAAUCCGGAUGAAAGAGCUGGAGCGACAACAGAAAGAGAUCUUUCAGGUGCAGAAGAAAUACUAUGGCUUGAACACCAAAAUAGACGACCGAAUGGACAGCAAAUGGGGAGAUAUUGAACAAUGGAUGGAGGACAGUGAGAGGUACUCACGUUCUUCACGGAUACAAACGCUCUCAGACGAAGAUGAGCGGAUGUCGGUGGGAAGCCGGGGCAGCGUCAGGGUGGAGGACCGGGAUUAUCUUGAGAAGGGAUCUCGAGCAGCUUCUGCCUUGACAGCAGGAACACUCACCUCCUUAGGCGGGACGUCUUCCCGGAGAGGAAGUGGAGAGACCGCUCUAACUGUUGAUGUAGAGAGUUCCAUAAGAGAAAUAAAGGAGAUUCAUGAACUGAAGGAUCAAAUCCAAGAUGUGGAAACCAAGUACACACAGAACCUAAAAGAAGCAAAGGAUGCAUUAGCAGAAGUGGAGGAGAAGUAUCGUAAGGCCAUGGUGUCCAACGCUCAGCUGGACAAUGAGAAAAACAAUCUAAUGUACCAGGUGGACACACUCAAAGACUCACUCAUGGAGCUGGAGGAGCUGCUGUCUGAGUCGCGCCGGGAGUAUGACGAGAAAGUCAAGGAAUACGAGCGAGAAAAGCAUGCCCACGGUGUGCUUCAGUUCCAGUUCAAUGAAAUGAAAGAGACGCUGAAACAAAGUGAAGAGCUGUUAAAUGAUAUCCGUCAACUGCGUAUGAAACAGGACAGUUUUGUUAGAGAAAUAUCUGAUCUGCAGGAGACAGUGGAGUGGAAGGAUAAAAAAAUUGGGGCCUUAGAGCGACAGAAAGAAUACACAGAUGCAAUCCGAAUUGAGCGAGAUGAGCUCAGAGAAGAAGUGGUGCAGCUGAAAGAUAUUCUGAAGAAACAUGGAAUAGUAUUGGGACCGGAUCUGAACAUCAAUGGGGAUGCUGGUGAUUCAGAAGUGGACGGGUCCCCCACUGCAGAUCCUGCUUCCGGAUCAGCUCAGGAUUCUCAGACCUCCCCAACAGAGGGGAACAGCAUGCUCGGAAACACAGAGGAGACUGAGUUGAGAAGUAGCAGAGAGGAAGAGGUGGAUCCAGAGCAGCAACAAGAAAUGCUUCAGGAAGUCAAAGAGAAUCACUUGAGUUCUGAAAUUGACUCUCUGAACUCUACACUCUGUAGUGUUGCUGAUGUGGAUACAUCUAGUGAUAAACAGCCAUCAGAAGAACAACAGGCAAUCUUACCCACAGAAGAGGACGGCAUUAGACAAAGUGGUCUCAGCAAGGACCUCACUGUUGACAUUAAUGACAGUCCAACCACAGAAGCCAAAGAUGUAAUCAUUUGCAGCUCUGAACCUAAACACGUUUACCCUGUAACAAGUCCGGGGGAAAAUGUUUCAGAAACAGAAAUAUCUGAGGGGGAAAAUUUAAAAGAGACGAGGUACUCAGAUUUAGGGGAGACGGAAACCAAAAAUAAUAGUGUUGAUACACACAGUGAUGUUAGAGAUACAUGUACCAGCCUUCAUGAAAAGCAAGACAACCAACAGGAAGGUGUUGAAGAAAGUGAUUUGAGUAAUACAGAACCAUGUCCUCAGCAAAAAGUUGCACAAGAUGUUAUGAAAGAAAGUGUAACCGAUGAGUCUGUCCUAGCUCUAACAAACUCAGAACCUCAGCAAGGGCCUGAGAAUGCUGAUGAGGCAGACAACGUUGAGGCAGAAGAAACACCAAGUAAAUCUGCCUCUGGAAAAAAGAAGAAAAAAAGAAGAAAGGAAAAAAGAAAGGAGGGACUCAGGAUACCAAGAACCAACAAAAAGAUGUAACAAACAAAGAAAACAAAACAGACAAAAAUGAAGAAUCAGCAGCAAGAAAUGAUGGGUCAGCAACAGAACCUAAAUCUGGUGGUCCUGUAACUGAAACCUUUGAGGAAUCAAAAGUGGAUGAAGUCAAGAAGGAGCAAGACAAGCAAGAAACUGUGGAAGCAGAUACAGUGGAACCAACUGAACCAACCGAAAUCCUUUCUAACUCAGAAGCUGUCAAAGAACCAAGAACAGAUCAUUUGUCAAAUGAACAUUACAAGGAACAAACUUUGGAAACCAAGACAUUAAAUGAUGUUGAAGUAGUAACUCUUAGUGUUGCAAAACUGGAUCAGCUUAUGGAUAAACAGAAUGAGGAACAAACUUUGGAAACAGAGACAGUAGAAUCAGUAGAGGCAGCGAAGCCUACUGAAAGUUUUUCUCAUGUUGAAACUCUCAAGGAAUCCAAAACAGACUCAAAUAAUAAUGGGCAAGAGAUAGAAAAAACUCUAGAAACAGAGACGGAAGAAUCAAUAGAGGCCGUGGAGCCACCUGCUGAAACUGUCAAGGAAAGCAGAACAGACUCAAAUAGUAAUGGGCAAGACAAAGAACAAAUUCUAGAAAUAGAGACGGUAGAAUCAGUAGAGGCCGUGGAACCACCUGCUGUAACUCUCAAAGAAACCAGAAAAGACUCAAAAAGUAAUAGGCAAGAUGAAGAACAAACUCUAGAAACAGAGACGGUAGAAUCAGUAGACUCCAUGGAACCACCUGCUGAAACUCUCAAAGAAACCAGAAAAGACUCAAAAAGUAAUAGGCAAGAUGAAGAACAAGCUCUAGAAACAGAGACGGUAGAAUCAGUAGACUCUGUGGAACCACCUGCUGAAACUCCCAAGGAAUCUAGAACAGAGUCAGAAAAUAAUGGGCAAGACAAAGAACAAAUUCUUGGAACAGAAACUGCAGAAUCAAUAGAGGCUGUGGAACCACCUGCUGAAACUCCCAAGGAAUCCAGAACAGACUCAGAAAAUAAUGGGCAAGACAAAGAACAAACUGUAGAAACAGAGAUGGUAGAAUCAGUAGAGGCUGCUGAAACUUUCAAGGAAACCAGGACAGAUUCCAAGAAGAAUGAGCAGGAUGGCAAACAAACAUCAGAAACAGAAAACAAAGAAGAAUGUGAAACUAUACCAAGUUUUGAUCCAGAAGCCAGCCUUACUAAAUCUGACUUCAACUCUAAGAGUACAGAGAGCACUGAUGACCUUGACACAAAGAGUGUAGAUGAUUCUGAAAGCGAAGUCCUCUGUACUAAAUCAGAAAUUGUUGAUCAAGUAGAAGCUGAAGUAGAGUCUGUUGAUGAGAUGAAACCUGAGUGCACAACUAUAAAGCCUGAAAACAGCCUUAAAACAUGCAAUAAAGAAAGCACAGAAGCUGAAUCACUUAUUUCAAGCAAUGAUGAUGUUGCUGCUAAUGAAUCUGAAUUCAUAAGCAGUUCUGAGAGUAAAGAUAACACAUCUGUGUCACUGCCAUCUACUGAGGUCUUCAGUGAUGACUUCAAGAGCUUGUCUGAGUCAGAGCCAUCGGCAGCCAUGAGCUUGGGCAACGACGACCCUCCCAUGAAAGAUUCUGAUCAAGCUCUUGAAGAGGCAACUGAGGCAGUUGCCGAUGAUGGGGAUGCAGGAGCAGAGAUUGAAGAAGAAUGCAUUCAUCAAGGCAGAACAGGAAGGGAAGAUCUGAAUGGUGAUGUGAAGGAACCAGGAGAUUUAGUUGAACCAGACAGCUUGCUGCACGAUGAAAAAAGUGACAAAACACCAUCAUUAACAAAUACCACAGAGACACUGGACUCUGUAAAGAGUCUUAAGGCUGUAGUUCAGAAUGAACAAUUGAAUGAUGCAGAAAGCAAAAUAUUAGAGUGCAUGGAUCCAGUUGAAGAAUCAAAUGCUGAAGAGAAAACAGAGGAGAUCAAUACUAAUGUCACAUUAGAUACACCAGAGUUUCCCAAGGAAGCUACUGAGAAUGGUUCUGACACAGAGCAGGAGACAGAUGUUCCAGAAGACUCAGAACUUAAAGGCAGUCAACAUGUUAAAGAAAGUGAAUCAUCUCUUUGUCCUUUGGAUGAGCAGCCACAUGACAGCAAAGACAAGUGUCAGAAUAAUGAUUUAUCUCAACCCACCCAGCUGCUCAGUGAUGAAGACGACGGUGAAGAUGAUGAAGGGAUGUCUUUUGAUUUUGAUGACAUGGAUAUGGAAGCAGCUGUAGGGUCAAAUGUCCCCAAAAAUUCUGAGCAGGAAGAAGUUGAGGAGGGAGUUGAAGUCAUGUUGGAUGAAACCACCAGCGGUAGUUCAGAACUGUGUCAAAGUAACACUCAGUCAAAUGAAAACACACAAAUCAAACCAGUUGAAAGCAACAGUGAGAAGUGUGCAGUUGAUUCGGAUAACCAGGUAGAUGCACUAGAAGAAAAAUCAAAUACCGCACCCCAAGAAACCCAAAACUCUUUGGUUAAUGUUGAAGCUGCAUCUGAAGAGGUGGAAAAUGUUUGUGAGGAAGAGAAGAACACACCAGAAGAAGAAGCCGGUGUGUUGAGUGUUGGAGGGUUGGGUGCUGUUGCUGAGAGCAUUAAACAAACAGUAUGCUCACUAGUAGAGGAAGGAUUAGAUGCUGUCAGGAGUGAACUGCAGGGUGAAGAUUUAGAUUUACCUAAGAGUGCAGACCAAGUGGACAGCAGCAAAGAGGCACCGCAGCCAGGGAGGGAUGUGAAGAAGAGUAGUAAGAAAGGCAAAGGCAAGGGCAAAGAGGAUUGCAAGAUGUCCUAAAUUGCAGAUGCAUAUGGUGUAUGUAUGUACUUUGAUUUGCUUUUGACAAAGUAGCAACAAAUGCACCAAACUUUACAGCACUUUGAUUCUUUCCCAAAUGAACAUGGGUGCAAGUAUGUGUAUUACUGGAGUCUUGUCUUUGAUGUCUUUGUGCAAAAAUGGAAAAAAAAAAACGUAUUUGUGGAGAGAUGAAAAUCUAAAAUAUGAGACAACUGUAAAUGAUAUUUCACUUGCUGUAACUUUUAUUAAGUUUAUGAUGCACAUUUAUAAUGCUGCUUGUAAUGACUCAUGUCAUUGAUAAGACUGCUCUGCAAUGGUUCUGCAACAGCAUCAUGGACCAUUUCUUUUUCUGUUUGCCAUUUAAGGAGUUCAUUCAUGUUUUCACGUUAUACAUGCACAACAAAAAACAAAAAAUGUCAAUUCAUAAUUCUCUUUAAGACUCUAGUAAACAAGCUAUACACAUUUUAGCCAUAAUGUUGAAGCUUUAAGUGAAAAGUAGAAAUCCUGUCCUGUUCACAGGAUUUUGUUGACGGAAUUCUAAGCACAGAAAUGUAGAUACAUGUAUGUUUGCAUUCUGUUGCACUAAAUUGAGAUGAUGGAAAUGCUAAUAAAUUCCCUGCUGUUACCUAACUGAAAACGUUGCUCUAAAUGCAUUUCUGUGAUGACAUAAAGCUCUUUACAAGAAA